GGGAGACAUUAUUUUUGUACAACCCUGGAGCCGAGUCUGCAGCCUUCUACCUCCCAUCGCUUUCCUUGAUUCAUCAUCCUGAGCCUUUAUCGCCAGCAUUUACACCAAAACUCCAACAAUUAUUUGACAUUUGAUUUGGAGAAUUGGUCCAGCUGACUGGGAACAGUUUGGAUUUUACGUGCCCAGCAUGUCCUCGGUAUCUUUACCUUUCUACCAGAAACACCAUCGGCACUAUGACCGCGGUUAUCGCAACACCCUGUUGUCGUCCACUAUGCAAGAGUACCGCCAAGAGGAAAAGCGCAGUACUGCAUCUCACUCCCACAAAGUAAGGUCCAAGUUUUCAGAUGAACUGUCAGAGGCCUCUUCUGGAAGCCCUCAAAUGAAGAGAGCAAAGCAGAACUACUAUUCUGAAGGCCAUGAGCAUAUCAGUGGAGUUACUGGCACAAAAGAUGAAAGAAUCCGACAGUCUAAAAUGAAUCUUUUCGAUGGAGAAUCUCAUUUUUUCCAAAGAGAUGCUGCUGAAGAACAUAGUGUUCAGAAGUCUGCAAUGCACAAGUCAAGAAAAGUUGCCAUCCGGGAGUCUGCUGAACACAUUUCACUGAAUAAACAGAUUUACGAUACUCAAGAAUUUCACAGAAGACUGAGAGAGGACAGCCUGCUUCGUAUGCCUGAGUUUAUAAUCAAGCCAAGAUCUCACACUGUCUGGGAGAAGCAGAAUGUGAAGUUACACUGCACUGUCUCAGGUUGGCCUGAGCCUCGGGUUACAUGGUACAAAAACAAUGUGUCCAUCAAUGUCCACACUGAUCCUGGGAAAUACAUCAUCAACAGUAAAUAUGGUGUUCAUUCUUUGGAAAUUAACAAAUGUGACUUUGAUGACACUGCCCAAUAUCGGGCUUCAGCCAUGAAUGCAAAGGGAGAGCUUUCAGCUUUUGCAUCAAUUGUGGUAAAAAGAUUCAAGGGAGAGCAUGGUGAUUUCUCAUUCCAUCCUGGAAGAUUUGCACCUCCUUCUUAUGACUUUUUCCCUGGUGAUGCUCAUAUGAAGUUUGAUGUGCAUAUCGUUGAUAAGUUUGAGGUGUCAUUUGGUAAGGAAGGAGACACGGUGAGCUUGGGCUGCACUGUUAUCGUUCACCCCAACCUAAAGCGAUUCCAGCCAGAGAUCCAGUGGUGGCGCGAUGGUGUUCAGUUACAGGCAUCUGAAUGGGUUCAAAUGCACUGGAGCGGUGAAACUGCCACACUGACUUUUACUCACCUAAACAAAGAGGAUGAAGGAUUGUACACCAUGCGUGUGUUGACAAAAUCUGGCUAUGAACAACAUAGUGCAUAUGUGUUUGUCAGAGAUACUGAUGCAGAAGUUGCAGGGGCCCCAGCAGCUCCUUUAGAUGUCUAUUGCUUAGAUGCCAAUAAGGAUUACGUAAUUGUAACUUGGAAACAGCCAGCAGUUGACGGUGGUAGCUCCAUCCUUGGUUAUUUUGUUGACAGAUGUGAAGUGGGAACCAGCCAUUGGAUUCAGUGUAAUGACACCCCAGUGAAGUUUGCCCGCUUCCCUGUCACUGGCUUGGUAGAAGGUCGUUCUUACAUCUUCCGUGUACGUGCUGUCAAUCAUGUUGGAAUUAGCAGGCCAUCCCGUGUAUCUGAGCCUGUAGCAGCCUUGGAUCCUUCUGAUAGAGCAAGGCUGAAGGGAAUGCCAUUAGCCCCAUGGACGGGACAGAUUAUUGUAACAGAAGAAGAACCAACAGAGGGUGUAGUGCCUGGACAACCUAUAGAACUUACUGUGACUGAAGCCACCAAGAAUUAUGUUGUCCUCAGUUGGAAACCUCCUGGUCAACGAGGCCAUGAAGGAAUCAUGUAUUACGUAGAAAAGUGUGUUGCAGGCACCGAGGAGUGGCAGAGGGUUAACCCAGAGAUCCCCGUGAAGUCUCCGCGGUUCGCAUUGUUUGAUCUGGCUGAGGGUAAAUCAUAUCGUUUCCGUGUCCGCUCUGCUAACUCUGCUGGCAUUGGUGAGCCUUCUGAGGCAACAGAAUUUACUGAAGUAACAGACAAACUUGAUGUUCCAAAGCCUCCUACUCAUGUUGUGCCUUCGAGGAAUACAGACACUUCUAUGGUAGUCACUUGGGAAGAGUCAAAAGAUGCAAAAGAGUUGGUUGGAUACUACAUUGAAGCAAGCAUCAGUGGAUCUGGAAAAUGGGAACCAUGCAACAACAAACCAGUGAAAGGAAAAAGGUUUAUUUGUCAUGGGCUACAAACCGGACAGUUAUACAAGUUCCAAGUCAGGGCUGUCAAUGCAGCCGGGCUGAGUCAAUUCUCACCCGAGUCUGAGGCACUGGAAGUCAAAGCUGCUUUAGGAGGAGGAGUAACUCAUGCUGCUCCAGAUCCACCUUAUGGAAUUACAGUUCUUGAAAGUGUCCAUGACUCCAUGGUGUUAGGAUGGAAACAACCAAAAUUCCAAGGUGGUUCUGACAUAACUGGUUACUUUGUGGAUUAUCUUGAGGUUAUUGAUGGUAUCCCUGGAAAAUGGAAAGAAGCCCACAUCAAAGCUAUCAGUGAUCGGGCAUACAGAAUCCAUGACCUGAAGGAGAACAUGGUAUAUCAGUUCCAAGUCCGUGCAGCGAACCUGGCAGGAGUUGGCCUUCCAUCUCUGCCGAGUGACAAGUUUAAGUGUGAAGAAUGGACCAUUGCUGUUCCAGGACCACCUCAUGACGUUAUGUACACGGAGGUCAGGAAGAAUUCACUGGUACUCCUCUGGAAAGCUCCAGUCUAUAUGGGUCGUAGUGAGGUGACUGGGUACUAUGCUGACAUUCGGGAGGCAGAUGAAGAUGAUGAAAUGUGGAGAAGUGUCAAUGAAAAGGAAACGUCAAAGAGAUAUAUAAAGAUAGAAGGUCUGAAAGAAGGUGUGACUUAUGUUUUCCGUGUGCGAGCUGUGAAUAUGGCAGGUGUUGGAAAACCAUCUGAUUUAACAGAGCCAAUCACUGCAGAAACACCUCCAGGUACUAAAGAGAUUGCUGUCAAUGUGGAUGAUGAUGGAGUUAUUUCUCUGAACUUCGAAUGUGCUGACAUGCUUGAAGGUUCAAAGUUCAUUUGGUCUAAGAAUUAUGAAGAAAUCAUUGACUCAUCAAGAGUUACUAUGGAGACAAAAGGCGGAAAGACAAAAGUCAUUUUCAAUGACCCAGGGAAGGAUGAUUUGGGUAUAUACUCUUGUGUUGUCACUGGAACUGAUGGAGUUUCUUCCAGCUAUGCCAUAGAUGAAGCAGAGCUACUGCGUCUGCUUGAACUUAGUCAUGAACAUAAAUUCCCAGUUGUACCUCUGAAGACAGAACUAGCAGUCGAACUACUGGAGAAGGGACAAGUGCGGUUCUGGUUGGAGGCUGAACGUCUCUCUCCAAAUGGACAAUGUAAAUUUGUAUUUAAUGACAAGGAGAUAAAAAAUGAUGAGAAAUAUAAAAUACAGGUGGAUAAGAAAACUGGUUUAGUGGAAAUGAUAAUGGAGAAAUUGGAGGACAUGGACGAAGGCACUUACACUGUACAGCUCCAGGAUGGUAAAGCAAGUAACCAAUCUAGUCUGGUUCUGAUUGGAGAUGUGUUUAAGAGUCUGCAGAAAGAAGCAGAAUUCCAGAGAGGGGAAUGGCUCAGGAAACAAGGUCCUCAUUUUGUUGAAUAUCUUGGAUGGGAAGUUAAUAAUGACUGCAGUGUACUUUUGAAAUGCAAGGUGGCUAACAUUAAAAAGGAAACAUCAAUCAUCUGGUACAAAGAUGAUAGAGAGAUAAUGUUUGAUGAGAAGCAUGACUUCAAGGAUGGCGUGUGUACUUUGCUGGUUCAACAGUUUUCAAAGAAGGAUGCUGGUGUUUAUGAAAUUGUGCUGAAGGAUGACAGGGGAAGAGAUUCAAGUCUGCUCCGACUGCUUGAAAAAGCUUUCGGUGAUGUGAUAAGUGAAGUUUGUCGUGCAGCUGCUCAGACUGCAACAGAUCUGAAGGUACAGAGUACAGAACAUGGUAUCAGAAUCUACUCCUUUGUUUCUUACUACUUGGACGAUUUGAAGAUCAUUUGGUACCACAAAGACACAAAGCUUGCGUCCACAGACAGAGUGAAGAGCGGUGUUACAGGAGAGCAGCUCUGGCUGCAGAUUAAUGAACCCACCGAGAAGGAUACAGGCAAAUACACUCUUGAACUCUUUGAUGGAAAAACAGGACACAAAAGAUCAGUUGAUUUAUCAGGGACAGUAUUUGAUGAAGCCUUCGCAGAAUUCCAGAGGCUGAAACAGGCUGCCAUCGCUGAAAGAAAUCGUGCUCGUGUUAUCGGAGGUUUGCCUGAUGUUGUUACAAUCCAGGAAGGAAAGUCACUUAACCUUACUUGUAAUGUCUGGGGAGAACCUGUUCCUGAAGUUUCCUGGCUGAAGAACGACAGGGAGCUGCUGGGAGAUGCUCAUCUGAUACUGAAGUUUGACUCAGGAAAGUUUGCUUCCUUCACUAUCACCGAUGUCAGAACUACAGACUCUGGCAGAUACAGCAUCCUCGUAAAAAACAAAUAUGGCACCGAGACGGGUGAUCUUACUCUGAUGAUUUCCAAAUGCUGCGGAGAACUUUGUGUAGCUAUGUACGUUGCUGAUGCUGCUGGAAACGUUCAGGAAACUUUGACCAAAGACACAGCAAAAACAACAACUGGAAGAAAAAUUGUUGUUGAUACAGAUGGAAAUAUGAGAAAACCACAUGUGGAAGAGUUUAUUGCAAUUGAAGAAACUCCCGAUCCAAUAUUGAUUCCUGAAUUGCCUGAGGAGACAGUUUCAAGCUCAACGACAAACAAAGAAACAGUUGGUGAAAUCGACAUCUCCAUGAAAACUGAGCAGCUGUCACAAUCUUGUAGAAUACAAGAAGCAUCAGAUUCAACCAUGUUUCAAAAUCCAAAUGACUGAAAGAAUAAAGAGAUACUGUUACAAAAUAUACACAGUAUCAAUACAAGAAAUAUUUAAAAAUGAAGAAACCUAAUUCACUCAAGAAUUAUCUUGUCAAGACUUCAUGGUGGUCAGAAAUUCUGUGUCAUGUAUCAGUGUGAAAUACUAGGUACAUUAGUAGUAUAUAUAGAACAAGUGAAGAGGGCACCCAGCUGAGUGCCACCCUGUGUUAACUCAAUACAGUUCUUCCUUGAGGCUUUUCCCUACCUGGCUGAUGCUCUGUAACCAUAUAGUUGAAAAAUAACUUUUAUAUUAAGAUCUUCCAUCUCAGAGGAGGCCUUAGGCCAAUCCAUAUCCAACAACCUACUCUGAAAACUCUGCUCACGUUUUGACAGCUGUGACAAAUUCCACCACAGCAACUGAGACAAUCUACAACAUUGUAAAACUAUCAACAAUGUUCUAAAUUAAUCAAUCCACAACAUUCUAAAUAAAAAGUAAGUUCCCCCUAUCUCCCAAUGAUAAGAGAUUCUUUAAAAAAUUCUAGGAUCCAGAUCCAGAUCUGCAUUACCACCAAAAUCUAAUCAGUUCUCCCUUGGGCCAUACCCAUACAUCAAGUUUUGUUGAAAUCCAUCCAUUAGUAUUUGAGAUAUGGUCUACAGACAAACAGGCUAAUAGUGUGAGUAAAAUAUUACUUCCAUCAACCCUCAGUAGCCAAGGUAAUAACACACAGAUUGGAUUGUGCUACAAAAUGUGUUAAAGGAUUCCCGCGAGUCAUAAACUAUUAGGAGAAAUUUCAAAUGGUUUAUCAUGUCCCUGAUUCCUCAGCUGUGCUACAUUCUUGACAUAGACAUUCUUAUAAUGAGUAUGUGAAGUUUGAAGUUGUGAAUUUAGGUCAAAUGCAGUGAGACUGAACAGAGAAUGAGGGCUACAGAGUUAUCACACUCUCUCCAGUCUGCACUGCUUUCUAGCAAAGCUCUGACUCCAGAAGCACAGCAUCAUGAAAUUUUCCCUUUUCAUUCCUUCCUUUGUGGCUGACCACUCAGUCACUGAUUCCCAUAAUUGAAUCAUGAUUUAAAGUUUCAUUGCACCAUGCAAUCUGGACUAUAGCAAUUUUGGGUGUUAUUUCACUGCAUGUCAAAGUAUACCGCAUGAAGGUAAUUUUAGAACAUCACAUUGUUGGUGGUGAGCCUGACCUACUGUCAGCAUGUUAAGAAUUUGAUCAAAUGUCUGGGUUUCAGACAAACUCUCUGCCGGCAGGGUUCCUGGAAGCAGUGCAAUGUUGUCAAAUUACCCUCAUCAUUUAUUAUUGCAUGAUAAAUUGUGCUGUUUAUUCAACUAUUAUAAGCUGAUAAAGUAUCCACCAGACAGAACAUAUAUAUUCACAACAUACCUGCAACUUCUGAAAAAAAAUCUAAUUAUAAUACAGAUUCUACUGGAAUUUCUGCAAGAAUUCUUUGUAAAUUGGAUGGGAGAUCAGUAGAACUCCCGGAGAAAUGGUACAUGUUGUACCUACAGGAUUUUCCCUAAUUGUCUACUGAAGUUUCAACGAGUGAUCAUGCCAACUCCACAGAAAUUCUCCCCCAUAAAUUGGUAUGGAAGCCACUUGGGGUCCACUCUAAGGACAGCAGAACCUAAAGUCCUACUAUGGCAGUCAGGAAGCCUGUGCAUGUUCCCAGCCACCGACCAUAUUGAGUAAGAACAAUCAAGAGAUAUUUUGCAGGUAAAAAUAUGGGUCCAAGUAAAUGUUUGCAGUGCCGUCUCCAAGGUUGGUUUGUCUCGAGGUAGCCAGUGCCACUUGUAGGCUGCACUCAGAGAAACCAAACCUAUGAGUUGCUUGCAAGAAAGAAACCAAUUAACUUACCUGAAAGUGGGAUCAGAAACAGAGUGCUCUUCCAGAUUCCAUAUUAAAGAACACAAUCACCAUCUGCCCUCUCCCUUAUCAUUUCUACUUCCCACCUGAUCCAUGAUCCCAAUUUCCUCUCUGCUCUUUAUCUAAUCUGUUAUUCCUAGCCCCAAACAGCGACAUCAUCCCUCGCAACCUCCCACCCCAACCGAGACUUAGAACCCCAACCCACGAUCCCUUAUCCUUGAUUGUUGAUACUCGAAUCUGCAACCAAACCCUUGAACCCAUGCACUUAAGUAAAACAGGGUUCAAUUUUUAGUCAUUCUUCAUCAGUUCGUUGGACAUUAUCAAGUGCUAUUGGGCCCUCCUCUCUGCCAGAAUUUCUCACUUUUCCAUCUAUGCCUCAGCCCAUUUGCCGCUGAAACUUUCAUCCAUGCUUUUAUGGCCUCCAGGCUCGACUACUCCAAUAUAAAGUUGAAUGAGUUCUUGUUUUCCUGCUUCAUAAACAUGAACUCAUCCAACAAUCUUAGAAGGCUGAGAUAACCCUUUCCUUUUCUCCAACUAUCUUCUUGAUCACUUCUCCUCUGCUGAUAACAAGUAUGAGCAGCUCACAGACCUCAUCAUCAUCACCAAGGUUUGGACCAAUUGUUCAGCUGCCUCUGCAUGAUUCAUCCCAUCCUCUUGGCCAAAGUCAAGUUUCCCCCAAAUUCUUCCUCUGCACUGGCUCAGAUUACUUGCAUUCUAUCAAAUAUCACUCCUAUUUCCCAUCAUGUCAUCUCUGAGCUCAUCUUGUUCAAGAGGUUCACCUCCUGCUCCCUUAACUAAAGUUCUGAGCAAAUUGCCUUCGUAGCCUGUAUGCUACCUUAAAUUGUAAAUGGUUCCCUCUCAUCAGGUAUUGUCCUCUUCCCUUUCAAAUCCACUGUCAUCAGCCCCUGCUGAAGAAACCCUCCAAAAUCCUCUCUGUCCUUGCAAACUACUGCUCCAUGUUCAACUUCCCUUCUGUCUCCAAAGUCCUGCCUGCAUCCUCAUCUCUCAAAUCUUUUCCCACCUCUUCUGAAGCUCCAUGCUUCAAACUCAGGUACGCACUGCCACAUUACGAAAAGGCCUUAAUCAAAGUCACAAUUUAUAUUGUCUGUAACCUGAGAUCAGCUUUCAGCCCCAAAUCUUCUCCAUCACAAAGAUCACCUACUUACUCCUCUGUAAUAUCAUCCAUGAAUCUGUCCCAAGAUUCUGCUGCCUGCAUCCCAAGUUCCAUUCAGCAAUCACCAUUGUGUUGGCUGAACUACAUUGGCUCCCAAUCCACUAGCAUCUCAAAUUUAAAAUUUGCAUCCAUGUGUUCAGGUCCCUCCAUGACAUUGCCCUUUCUAUCUAUGCAACCUCUUCCAGCUCUACAACCCCUUGACAACCCCAUGUUCUCCCAACCCUGGCCUCUUUUGCAUAUACUAUCCUGACUUAUCGCCGUUCCUUCACUGUUGCUGGGUCAAAAUCCUGGAACUCCCUUCCUAACAGCACUGUGAGUGUACCCACACCACAUGGACUACAGGGGCUCAAGAAGGCAGCUCACCACCACCUUCACAAGGGCAACUAGGAAUGGGCAAUAAAUACUGGGCCAGACUGCAAAGCCCACAUCCCAUGAAUGAAUUUUUAAAUAUGCACCACUCCCUUUGCUUCACCAUUGGCAAUUGUGCCUUCAGGCAUCAAACCCUAAGCUCUGAAAGUCCCUCCUUAAAUCUCUCCAAGUUGGUCUCCUUAAAACAUGCCUCUUUAACCAAGCUAAUGUCUUCUUCUUUGGCUUCAUAUCAUUACAUUUGCUGAUUGCACUUCUGUAGAAUGCCUAGGGAUCUUUUCCUACAUUUAAGGUGUUAUAUUAAUGCAAGUUGUUAUUAUUAUUGCUUUUAUUAUUUCCAGACACAAUUAUUCCAAUGGUCACCUGACUGGCCUUCCACCCUCUAUAAACUUCAGUGCAUCCAAAACUCUAUUGUCAAUUCACAACAAGACUCUUUCACCCACCUUUCGGUAUGGAAAUACCUCAAAUUUAAAAUUCUCAUCCUAGUGUUCAAAUUACUCCAUACCUCUUUGAUCAAGCUUUGGUUGCCCUAUACCAUACCUUCAUGUGUGGCUCGGUGUCAGUGUAUGUCUGAUAAUACUCCUGUGAAGCACCUUGGGUAUCUUCCUAUGUUAAAUAUGUUAUAUAAAUGCAAGUUGUUGUUGUUAUUGAUGUUAUAAAUGCACGUUUUUAUUAAUGUACCACAGACAAACUGUUUUACACAUAUAUUAAAAACAGAUACACAUGUUGAGGUGGAGUUUCUGCUAAAUUAUGCCUGAAAUUUUUUUUUUUAACCUCGUGCUUUCUUUUAACACAUUUGAAUAGGGCCAAUUGGGCAGCAUUUUAGAAUGUUUUUUUAAGUUUUGCUUUCAAAAGUAUUCUGUGAUAUAUUUAAGAGUGUUGACAUAGUACAGUUUGACUAAUGCAACUGAAAAUGCAUUUAACACAGAAAAUAAGCAUUUUAAUCAGUGUUGAGGUUAUCACAUGUGAACAACCUAUUUUGACAGGUUUAGCCAGGUUUUUCACAAAUUAAAAAAUAACUAUGUCCAAAUCUUUCAAAUUGUGCCCAUAUAUGUCCUGCACCUAAAAAAAGGUUAUUUUUAAGUGUCUCCCCAAAGGUUUAAAACAGGCUUCUAGCUCAACACUUUUUAAACUAACACAAAAAAAAUGGAUACUUGAUUUAUGCUAAACAUUAUUUACGGCUGAAAUUCUGUGAUCUUUUGAGCCGGUUUCCCUGAUUUUGGGUGAAUUGCACUGAGAAAGCGAGUGCAUAGAGUUCACUCCAGGUCCUCAUUUUUGAUGCACAAUAUAAGAUUUUUUGUAAUACUUGUCGAGUAACCUAUAUUGUGUGAUAUUUUAUUAAAGGUUUGCGGUGA